AGUUCAACACGUGAGAUUACUGCUAUCACCGGCUAAAGCGCUGUAAUUGAUUAAGCUUUUAUCGAAUAACAAAUUCUUAUUAAAAGUGCGCGAUCGGAAAUUUGACAACAUUACAUUUGCGUUAUUUGGUGAACACGGUUGUGAAUGUGCAAAUAGUAUGAUUUUCUAAUUGUGAAUUGACAUUGAAGUAGUACACGCCGAUUACAAAAGCAAAAGAUGGCUCCUAACGCUACAGACGUCAAUGGAGUAUUAUUCGAAGAUGAUGCUGCUACUCCGGACAUGGCGUUGCCAAAUCUACCUGUACAAAAAGCCGAUAAUUAUCCCAAAAAAUUUGUAUGGAGAAACAUUAUAGCAUUUGCAUACCUGCAUCUCGCUGCGAUCUAUGGAGGAUAUCUAUUCUUAUUUUCUGCAAAAUGGCAAACAGAUAUAUUUGCUUACAUUUUAUAUGUGAUGUCAGGAUUAGGUAUUACUGCUGGAGCACACCGACUUUGGGCACAUAAGUCUUAUAAGGCUAAAUGGCCACUAAGACUUAUUCUUGUAUUCUUUAACACCCUGGCUUUUCAGGACUCAGCAAUAGACUGGUCACGUGAUCAUAGAAUGCAUCACAAAUAUUCAGAAACGGAUGCCGAUCCUCACAAUGCAACCCGAGGUUUUUUCUUCUCUCACAUUGGCUGGCUGCUUGUUAGGAAACAUCCUGAACUCAAGAAGAAGGGCAAGGGGCUAGAUCUAAGUGAUCUAUAUGCAGACCCAAUACUUUGUUUCCAGAAAAAGUAUUACCUUAUUUUGAUGCCUCUCUGUUGCUUCAUUAUGCCAACAGUGAUACCGGUAUAUUUCUGGGGUGAGACUUGGAUAAAUGCAUUUCUGGUAGCUGCUCUGUUCCGUUACGCAUUCAUUCUUAAUGUCACCUGGCUUGUCAAUUCUGCUGCUCAUAAAUGGGGUCACAAACCCUAUGACAAGAACAUUAAGCCUUCUGAAAAUCUUUCUGUUGCAAUUUUUGCUCUUGGCGAAGGCUUCCACAACUACCACCAUACAUUCCCCUGGGAUUACAAAACCGCCGAACUAGGAAAUAAUAGAUUGAAUUUCACAACAAACUUUAUUAACUUUUUCGCAAAAAUCGGCUGGGCGUAUGAUAUGAAAACAGUUUCUGAUGAAAUUGUACAGAAGAGGGUGAAUCGUACAGGUGAUGGUUCCCAUCACCUUUGGGGAUGGGGUGAUAAAGACCAGCCCAAAGAAGAAGUGGAUGCAGCUAUCAGGAUCAAUCCAAAAGAUGAUUAGAUAUAAAAGUAUGUAAAUCUUUAAUUUAAAUACUAUCUAAACUUGACACGGAACUUGAUAAAUUUUUCAUUUCAUUCUUAAAAUUGUCAAAUAGAAUAUAAAUUCUAAAAUGUGUAUGUUUAAAAAGUAAAGUAGUAUUGAAUUAAUAUAGUUAUAGCUGAUUAUAAAAUCAAAUUUUUCUGCAGAUUGAUUAAUCAAAAGAGUUUACAUAUUUUUAUAAUCACAAAGUUUUAUGUUGUCAUGCAU